AUGAUACCCCCUGCUGUGAGCUUGACACCGGUUCUCUGCUGGAGGAGCGGCAGAGAGCGAGGGGCCCCGGGGAGUCUUCCGAUGCUGGGGAACCGGGAACCAGGAACAGUGGGCUGCGGGGAGGCAUCUGCCCGGCCGGUGGUGCCUAUGAUCUGGGGAGAGCGAGGCGAGGAGCCGCUGUCCGGCCGCGGAGGAAGUCGUCUCUCCGGCCUGGUGAACUGGAGGCAGAGACCGUGCAGGACCUCAGCUCUGCUCGCUGCAGCCAACGCGGUGAUCUGGUUUGUGGCCUUCACCUCUCUCCGAGGAUUCAGCCUCCUCUUCCUCCUGCUGGCCCUGCUGGUCGUCAUGGUGACCAUCAGAGACAUCGCUCGGUCCAGAUCCACAGGAGCUCACUUAUGGCGCAGCAUGACGACAAGCUGGGAGAUAAUUGACUCAGGUCAGGACGGCCGGUCUGGGACUGGACCUCAGCUCAGCACCUCCCUCAAACUCUUCCUCCAGGAGACAUCUGCUUUCAAACAGCAAAACCCUGGCAAGUUUUGCCUGCUGGUUUGCAGUUUGUGCACCUUCGUCGCUGCCGUAGGACGCUACAUUCCAGGAAUUGUUAUUUCUUAUAUUCUAGUGUUGGGCAUUUUCCUGUGGCCUCUGAUUUCAUCUCAUGAGAUUGGUUUGUGGCUAAAGCCAGUUCUGCAGAAGCUGGACUUUGGCCUCGGAGAGUUUAUUCAGAAAAUCAAAGAAAAUCAUGAGAAGAGAAUCAUUCAGGCUCAGACUGAGAAAGAGGGCAUCGAGUCGGACCUCUCCUCCAUGUUUCCCAAGCUCGACUCCACAGUGUGUAAGGAAAUGUCCGUAUCGGACACAGAGGUGUCGGAUAUGACGUGGACGGACAACGGUACUUUCAACCUGUCAGAAGGACACACACCACAGACUGAGAACUCAGAGGACCUCGACAGAGAAGAAGCGUUCACUAUAGGCCUCCCAGAAUUCCCCUCACUUGACAACGGCGCAACGACCAAUGGCGACGACGAUGACGAUGACCUCAGCCUCGGCCUCCCCUCGCCUCCACCUCAGCUGCCGAACAAAUCCAAGCAAACACCCUUUCCUCACAAAGACCAACCCACCGACAACGCCCUUGAAAUAGUAAACCAGAUGGCGAGCGACUUCAUCACCGCCGCCGUCACAGCCGCCAUGCAGGAGAGGAUAGAAGCAGCGGUCGGCUUCACGGCGCUGAGCUCAGCCUCGGAGCGGUCCAGACUCCCAGAAUGCAUCGGGCCGCUGGAGCUGGACGAGGAGUCGGACAGCGACGUGGAGGACUUUGAGCUGCUGGACCAAUCAGAGCUGGAGCAACUGGAAGGGGAGCUUGGGCUGGGAGAUGAGAAGGUCAAAGCCAAAGAGGAGGAGAAGGCCCAGAGUGAUCAGCCAGGUUCUACUGGAUUCUUCUCCAAACUCCUGAGACGCCACUGAUUGAUGAAAAUAUGAUGAACAGGGGAGGAGAACAGGUUACAGAGGACAUGUGGCGGGGAGGCGGGGGUGGUGUGGUCACUGAGGACUGUUAGGGGUUGUGAGAAUGUUUCCAAGUUUAAUUUUCCUAUAGAGCUAACAUCAACAUUUCAAAGCGGUUUAGUUUGUAAAAAAUGGAGGUAACUUUAAACAGAUUAAUUUUAGUUUAGUGCCGAGAUCAGACUACACAAUAUCAGCUAGAAAAAGACCCAAUCCGACAGAUGUGGGGACGAUAAUGGGUGUUUGACAUCACCUACAAAGUGUGCGAUCAAGUGUGAGCAGAAGGAAACACUUAAAAAACACAAUCAAACUGGGGUGCUGUUGACUGUGCAAUCUGCACACGUGCAACUGCAUAGUUAUCUAUUUAUUUAUUUAUCUUUUUAAACAUUAUUUUGGUGUCUUAUUAUAUACCCCUAGAGUUUUUGUCCGAUUUUCCCAGGAGCCAGCUCAGAGCGAAUUUGAUCAGCCUACUGGUUCAUAAUGCUAAUAGUUCAUGACCAUUAGUAAAUACAAAGAUAUAGUGUAGUCUGAUCCCGGCAUAGAAGUUAGUGGAGGUUUAAUGAACUACUUUUGGAUUUUUAUCAAAGAUUGUUGGUGGUUUAAGGUUAGGUUCCUACUUUCUGCCUCUAGUUAAGUCAGCUGAUCAAACUACACUACCCAGAAUUCCAUAGACAUACAAUCAAUCAAUAUCAAAACACCUUUAAUGCUCAAGUUGAGGAGGAUUAAAAACCAGGAAACAUUUUAUUGUGAAACUUUUUUUAUUUUAUAUGUACGGUUUUUUCUUCAUUUAAGAAAACUAGUCAAGCAACUUUUAUUUUGUAAAAUCCUACAGCAGGUAUCAAAAGUCUUGGCUCACCAAUGAAAAGUUCUCACAUCAUAGGAUGAUCCAAAAUUAGACACAUAAAUGUAGUUUUAGUUCACUGAAAGUAAAAUGUUUUGAGAUGGAUUAUUUGUAUUUGCACCUUAAGUAUUAUUUAAUGAUGCACCUACUGUACGUAGGGCACCUUGCUGUAUUGAGCAUCAAAAGACGAAAAACUGUUUCUUUAACAUGCCUUGUACAUUUAAAUACAUUGAUUUCAUAAUGAAGACACACAGCAAUGUAUAAUGUAUCCUCUUGAAUUAUUCAUGUAAUGCCUUGUAUUAGCAUAAUAUGACUAUAGACAUGUUUGUUUCUCAGUGCCUAAGAGGACUUUGUAGUGGCUGCAGUUCAUUUAUAGCUCACAUGUGAUAGCUGUAUACGAAAAAGAGAUGUGCAACACUCUGAAUAAGAGUUCAGGCAGGUUCACGCUUCAUUAUCUCAAAUAUCUUUUAAAAUAUUUGAUAAACUGAUCAAAAUACUAGUGUUUUUAAUUUAUAUUGUAUCACAGUGGCUUUGAUGCAUUUAACUAAAAGUUCAAACAUAGUUAAACUUUGUUCAAAAACAUGUCAGAACCAAAAUGCAUUAACAAAAUGUACUUUUAUGUAAUUAAACUCAAGAAUGUCAAUAAAAUGUUGUAACUCAA